AAUACAAUGGGUGAUAAAUACCUUUAAAUAAAGUUACAUUUAUACAACUUAAGGUUUACUUAAAGUGAACUUGUUUUAGAUAGUGAAAUUAACAAUUAUAGAAAGUUAUUGUAGUGUUAAAAAUUGUUACGUUAAAUUAUUUUUAAAUUCAAAAAAAAAAAAUAAACAAAUAAAAGUUUAAAGUUAGUUUUGAUUUGUUUCUAAUGAUGAUGGCAUUAAAAAUGCUUUAUCGCGGUCCAAGUUCAAGAUUGGAAAAUUUAAUUGAAAAGAUUCAAGCUACCAAAGAUGGAAAUCCAGAUCUGUACUCGACACACACCUCGUCCAGUUACUCGCCCUCCAUGUCGGAUGGGACAAUUACUCCGAACUCACUGCAUCACCAUCAUCUUCACCAUCACCAUCAUCAUCAUCAACAGCAAAGGCUGCAUCACCACUUGCAGCAGCAGCAGCAAUACCAAUGCGAACAGCAGCAGCAACAGAACAGCGGCAACGGCAAUGGUCACAACCGCGACAGGCAUCACAAUCGACGUGUUUCAGCCUUAAAUGGAGCAACUGCUACUGGUGGUGUCAUUGGCGGCGGCGGUGUCGGUGGCGAGGACGACGAUGAGAAUGAUGAAGACGACGAUGAGGCUCGUGACGGGGAUGCAGACGAAGAUGACGACGCCGCAAAUUCUAGCGAGGAAAGGGUUUUCCUUACGUCAAAUGGUGGUGGUGGUGCCAAUGAUGCUGUUGGAACAAACACCACAACCACCACCACCAACACUAAUUCCACCACCUCGAACAGCAUCAGUGGCGCAAAUAGCGGCAAUGGCAAUUUCAAUGGCAACAGCAACGUUAACAGCGGCGGCGGCGGCAGCGGUAGCGGUGGCGGUGACAAACAUUCCGUGAAAAUACCAACGAAAUUGCGGAAAAUCGAUAGGGAUUCGGCAAAGUUGUUGGAUAAGUUGACAAGUGAUGGCAUUAAGAGCGCGACCGACCGCGAUGGAUCCUAUCAGUGUCAGUUCUGUGAUAAAUCAUUUCCGCGCCUUGGGUAUCUCAAGAAGCAUGAACAGAGCCAUGCCGAGCACCUUCCAUUCAAAUGCGACUACUGUGCAAGACUUUUCAAACACAAACGGUCUCGUGACCGACACACAAAGUUGCAUACUGGAGAUAGACGAUACAGGUGUCCACAUUGUGAGGCGGCAUUUUCAAGGAGUGAUCAUCUGAAGAUCCACAUGAAAACCCAUGACAACCAGAAGCCCUUCCAAUGCACCAUCUGCAAUCGAGGCUACAACACAGCUGCGGCCCUGACAUCACACAUGCAGAAUCACAAGAAACAAGCAGCGAUUUUGGCUGCUGGAGGUAAUCCCGCUGCCCUCAACUACAGCCCUCGUUCCACUGGUUCGGGUUCGAGUAAUGGAAGUUUGCAGAAACGUCGUUAUACAUCGAUUGCCAACACUAAGAGUCCAUCUCCCAGUACAUUAGAAUAUGCCAAGCGUAUGAGGAGUUCCUACGUCACGUGCAUGUAUUGCACCCAGUCCGACUUCGCAUCAAUGGAACAGCUGAGUAGUCAUAUUCAAGCAAUGCACGAGAAGGAGGCGCUGGCUAAUCAAUCUGUUGCUUCGAGUGGUUUUCAAAUGUCCUGCGAGUACUGCACUAUGAAGUUUCCCAGUGUUCCGGCAAUGUUUCAGCACAUGCGGACGACACACAUUGAUCGGCUAUCGAGUCCGAGUAGCUAUUUUGAGCAUUUUAAUCGGCUGGCUGCAACAGGAACUUUCAGUCCACGACUGCCGACGCCCAAGUCGAAUGAGACAAAGGUGAAAGUUGAGGAGCCGAGUCCUAAGGCUGAGGAGAAGACCGACGAUGAACCAACUGAUUUGAGCCAAAACAGGCGAUCUGUUCAGACUCCGUCACAAGAGUCAGUCGAAGCUAACGAUCGACCGGGGGUGUUCUUUUGCAAUCAGUGCAGCGAUGGUUUUCCCGAUUUCGACAGCUUCCGCAAUCAUUUAAAGUCGCACAUUGUCCAGGGACUCAGUUUGGUGUGUCAUCACUGUGGUCAGACUCUAAGGGAUCAGCCAGAGUAUGAGAGACACAUUGUUUCGCAUUUUCUCAUCACUUGCUCUGAAUACGCCUGCACCGAGAAGAACUGCAGUAAGACUUUCUCUAAGCCAGAUGAGCUCCAGAAGCACCUUUUUGACAAUCACAUUCAGACGUUGUUCAAGUGUUUGUUGUGUUCGGACCUCUUCGAAACUAAGGUUGCAGUACAAGUUCACUUCGCAUGCAUUCACUCACCGGAGAAGAAGAUUUACCGCUGUUCAGCCUGCAUGGACACCUUCCACGGUGAACAGGAGUUCCAUAUCCACGUUAAGACCCGACAUCAGACAAUAGUUGGAUCACCAAUUCAGUGCAUGUUCUGCCGAGCUGUUUGUUCCACCGAGCUUGAAAUGCACUUUCAUCUUGCUGCCCAUGCCCGCCAGUUCCGUUGUCCAUCGUGUCCGGAGACUUUCCACGUUGAAUUCCUCCUCGAUCGACAUAUGCAAACUCACCAUCAUGGACAGAAGGAAGUUGAAUCCACCCCUCCUCCUCCUCAAACGGUCAAUCCAUCACCAGUGAAUUCGAUCAAUCCAUUGUAUAUGAGUGCUCUCUUCAACAAGCCUCCUCCAUCAAACCAAAACAACAAUAACAGCAUUCUGGACUACAACGCCUUUGCCAUGGGCAAGAACCUCUUCGGCAACGCCUCAGGGAACAAAUUCUACAAUCCUCUUCAAGUCGACACUGGGUCGGCUAUGAAGCAUCCAUCACUUGUGUAUGCCAGCUUGAAUCAACGCUACUUUGACACCAAUCGAACUAUUCUUGAGAUGUACAACCAACAUCAACAGGACAAGCUCGCAGCAGGACCCGUCGCUAGCAUGUUCACUAGUCCCAGUAACAACAACAACAACAGAAUCGCACCAAAACUCCCACAAGAGUCCAACAAGCCGUCAGAUCGAGGAAUUGCUGCCGGAGGUGGUUUCAGCUGUGGGAUGUGUGAACGCAACGAUUUCCGCACCGAGGCCGAAAUUCACUCCCAUCGCAAGAUCGUGCAUAACCUCAAGACCGGGGUGAGUCUUCGCUGUGCUUACUGCAGUGGAAACUUUAAGUCACGCAGUGAGCUCGAACAUCACAUGAAGACGUGUCACAACUCAACCGGCAAGCACAAGUGUUUGAUCUGCGAUGAGAUCUUCCCUUCGCCAGCAAUACUCGCCGAGCACAAGUUACAACACUCAAAGGUCGGACAGUCGGGAAAGUGUUCCCACUGCGCCAAGGCCCUGCCCGAUGUUAUGGCUUUCAAGGGACAUCUACUGGACCACAACACCGAGGGGCAGAUGCCAGUUCAAUGCAUUUGCUGUCGCCAAACUCUUCACUCAGAUUUUGAGAUCGGUCUUCAUGCCAAAUUCCACACGAAGUCAUCGUUAGUUUCCGAGAGUGUUUGUGCUCUGUGCUUGGAAACAAUACCAAACACAAUGGACGCCAAGGUCUGUGACAAGUGCUGUCGCAAGCACAACCUCAACAACAAGUAUUCCAACCAGCGCAACAGCUUCGAUGGCAAUUCGGGACAACCAAGUUACGUGGAGAACCGUUGCAAUCUCUGCAACGUCAUCAUGCCCCACGCCCAGAAACUGCAAGAACACUUGGUCGAGCACACAUUUGCCGGUUGCGAGGACAGAGGUUUCUCGUGCUACAUCUGCUCGGCAGUCUUCACAGCUCCAGCUGGCCUUCUCACCCACAUGGCCGAGCACGGUGCCAAUUCACGUCCCUACGACUGCAACCUUUGCAGUGACAAGUUCUACUUCCGAGCCGAACUGGAUCAUCAUUUGGUCGAUCAUGAAACCCGCGAUCGAUCAAAGGCCUCUCAUGCCAGAGAUGCAAGUCCUGUGACCGAUGACAACAAGACAUCAUUCCCCGGUGGUGGCGAAUUGCCAACCGCUGCUCCAGAAGUAGAAUCCAAGAAACUCGAGCUUAAAAAUGAAGCCCUCGACGAGAAGCCAGCCGAGGAGGACGACGACGAAUACAUCGAAGUUGAGAAAGUUCCCGAGACUCUCCUAACGCAGGAGAAACCGUCACGCCCUUCGCACGACAAGGACGACUAGACCACUAUGGGUUAGACAUACCUCAUCAAGCAAACCAACCAGCACCAGUAUUCCUUGUGAUAGCCAAGAGAUCUUUUGCUUAUUAUUUGUUUCUGUUCUUUUCGUUUCUAUGUUAAACUCUUUCCAGAUUUGUAUCAUUAAUUUAUUUCACAACAAAAAGAACAAUGUUAUUAUUAUAUCCAAUUAGUUAUGUAGUGAUUAAGCUUGCACCAAUUGUAAUGAAUUUUAGCAAAAAUAAUAAAACAAAUAAAAUAAUACCAAUUACCAAACAAUAAAA